GACCGCAAAGGCUCGCCCGCCGGGAGUUGUGGGGGGUUGCGGGGGCCACUCGUGGAGUCGAUGCUUCUUGCUCUGCCCGGUCAGGUCGGCUCCCGUUACCGGCUCUCCCCAUUCGCCGGCCCCGUCUCCCUUUUGCAUGAGCUGUUUGGCGCGGGGCAGCUCCGGUGACCAUGUAGGCGAAGCGCCCGGUGCCUGGGACGAGGUCCGCGCCGUCUGCACGCCGCCCCGGCGCCCGCCUCACCCCCACUACCCCGGUGCGGGCCGCACGCAGGGCCCGCGGGCUCCGGAGGGAACUCCGGCCUCCAGUUGUGGCCUGGCCCGGAGCGCCGCCAAUUCUCGCGUCGUCUCGCGAGAAUCUAAGUUGAAGGAACAUGGCGACGUCUAAUCUGUUAAAGAAUAAAGGCUCUCUUCAGUUUGAAGACAAGUGGGAUUUCAUGCGCCCGAUUGUUCUGAAGCUUUUACGCCAGGAAUCUGUUACGAAGCAGCAGUGGUUUGAUCUGUUUUCAGAUGUUCAUGCAGUCUGUCUCUGGGAUGAUAAAGGCCCAGCAAAAAUCCAUCAGGCUUUAAAAGAAGACAUUCUUGAGUUUAUUAAACAAGCUCAGGCGCGAGUACUGAGCCAUCAAGAUGAUACAGCUUUAUUAAAAGCAUAUAUUGUGGAAUGGCGAAAAUUUUUUACGCAAUGUGACAUUUUACCGAAACCUUUUUGCCAACUAGAGAUUACUUUAAUGGGUAAACAGGGCAGCAAUAAAAAAUCAAAUGUUGAAGACAGUAUUGUUAGAAAGCUCAUGCUUGAUACAUGGAAUGAAUCAAUUUUUUCAAAUAUAAAAAACAGACUGCAAGAUAGUGCAAUGAAGCUGGUUCAUGCUGAAAGAUUAGGAGAAGCUUUUGAUUCUCAGCUGGUCAUUGGAGUAAGAGAAUCAUAUGUUAACCUUUGUUCUAAUCCUGAGGAUAAGCUUCAGAUUUAUAGGGACAAUUUUGAGAAGGCAUACCUGGAUUCAACGGAGAGAUUUUAUAGAACACAGGCACCCUCGUAUUUACAGCAAAAUGGUGUACAGAAUUAUAUGAAAUAUGCAGAUGCUAAAUUAAAAGAAGAAGAAAAACGAGCACUACGUUAUUUAGAAACAAGACGAGAAUGUAAUUCUGUUGAAGCACUCAUGGAAUGCUGUGUAAAUGCCCUGGUGACAUCAUUUAAAGAGACUAUCUUAGCAGAGUGCCAAGGCAUGAUCAAACGAAAUGAAACUGAAAAGUUACAUUUAAUGUUUUCAUUGAUGGACAAAGUUCCUAAUGGAAUAGAGCCAAUGUUGAAAGACUUGGAGGAGCAUAUCAUUAGUGCUGGCCUGGCAGAUAUGGUAGCAGCUGCUGAAACUAUCACUACUGACUCUGAAAAAUAUGUUGAGCAGUUACUUACUCUAUUUAAUAGAUUUAGUAAACUCGUCAAAGAAGCUUUUCAAGAUGAUCCACGAUUUCUUACUGCAAGAGAUAAGGCAUAUAAAGCAGUUGUUAAUGAUGCUACUAUUUUCAAACUUGAAUUACCUUUGAAGCAGAAAGGGGUGGGAUUAAAAACUCAGCCAGAAUCAAAAUGCCCUGAGCUGCUUGCUAAUUACUGUGACAUGUUGCUAAGAAAAACACCGUUAAGCAAAAAACUAACCUCCGAAGAGAUUGAAGCAAAGCUUAAAGAAGUGCUCUUGGUACUUAAAUAUGUACAAAAUAAAGACGUUUUUAUGAGGUAUCAUAAAGCUCAUUUGACACGACGUCUUAUAUUAGACAUCUCUGCCGAUAGUGAAAUUGAAGAAAAUAUGGUUGAAUGGCUAAGAGAAGUUGGUAUGCCUGCAGAUUAUGUAAACAAACUUGCUAGAAUGUUUCAGGACAUAAAAGUAUCUGAAGAUUUGAACCAAGCUUUUAAAGAAAUGCACAAAAAUAAUAAACUGGCUUUACCAGCUGAUUCAGUUAAUAUUAAAAUUUUGAAUGCUGGUGCCUGGUCAAGAAGCUCUGAGAAGGUCUUUGUCUCACUUCCUACUGAACUGGAGGAUUUGAUACCUGAAGUAGAAGAGUUCUACAAAAAAAAUCACAGUGGUAGAAAAUUACAUUGGCAUCAUCUCAUGUCAAAUGGAAUUAUAACAUUUAAGAAUGAAGUAGGUCAAUAUGAUUUGGAGGUGACCACAUUUCAGUUGGCUGUGUUAUUUGCAUGGAACCAAAGACCUAGAGAGAAAAUCAGCUUUGAAAAUCUCAAACUUGCAACUGAACUCCCUGAUGCUGAGCUUAGACGGACUUUAUGGUCUUUAGUAGCUUUCCCAAAGCUCAAACGGCAAGUUUUAUUGUACGAGCCUCAAGUCAACUCACCCAAAGACUUCACAGAAGGCACCCUCUUCUCAGUGAACCAGGAGUUCAGUUUAAUAAAAAAUGCAAAAGUUCAGAAAAGGGGUAAAAUCAACUUGAUUGGACGCUUGCAGCUCACUACAGAAAGGAUGAGAGAAGAAGAGAAUGAAGGAAUAGUUCAACUAAGGAUAUUAAGAACCCAGGAAGCUAUUAUACAAAUAAUGAAAAUGAGAAAGAAAAUUAGUAAUGCCCAGCUGCAGACUGAAUUAGUUGAAAUAUUGAAAAACAUGUUCUUGCCUCAAAAAAAAAUGAUAAAAGAGCAAAUAGAAUGGCUAAUCGAGCACAAAUAUAUCCGAAGAGAUGAAUCUGAUAUCAACACUUUCAUAUAUAUGGCAUAAUUUUGAAAAUCAUGGACAAUGUUAAGAACUCAGAUUUUGGAGUGCUUGGGCAGAAAGUUGUCAACAGUUUGUGCUGGAGAUAGGUUUACUUGGACUUUGAUUACAUAUUAAAAUCUCUGCCUUACCUUAAAAAACAAGUCUAUUUUGCCAAUCACUUUAGUUAGCAUGAUGGCACCCCCUUCAUGUUGCACACACUUUAACAGCAUGCUGUUUUGUGGAGAUACUUGCAUUCAUGAAGAGCCCAUUAUGAACUUUAAAAGGUAAAAAAGGUAAAUUUGAUUUAUACCCACCAGGAGAAAUUCCGUUGGAAAUGGUGAGGACGGGGUUCUUGUUGCUUUUUUUCUUUUUUCCUCUCUUAAAAAAAAAUGUACUUGCACAAGGAAGGAUCUUCAGAUAUUCAUGCACUGAAAAUGCUGUUGUCUUUUGUUUUUAAAAAUUCCAUUAAAACUAGAAAUAGCACUCUUGGUUUGUUUUGCUGAAGAGAGUGAACUGGUCAGCGUAGUGUUGGGAGAGGGCAGAUGUAGAUGAGAAGCUAAAUAUUUAAUAGUAUUGAAUUGUCGUUCAAACACUGCUUCAAUACAAUAACUGGAUUGUAAUAGUGACCUAAAAUAGGUAUUAAAUAUUUCCAGCUUAAAAACAUUAGUUUUCUUUCAGCAAGAGAUUGCUGUUUUAGUUGUUUGUUGGUAAUUUUUUUGUUUUAAUCUUACAUGGCUGAAGAGCUUGUUUUGAAAAAAAGUCCAGUGUAUAUUAAUUGUUGCUUCCACUGUCUAAAAAACUUUAUGGAAAUAGGUCAUUACAAUUGUGGAGUCAAAAUACCAAGACAAGCGUAUUAAGUGGUUUGCUAACACACUUAAUAUUUAUGUAAUGAAUAUUUAUAAUGCCAUGUCCAAAUUUAUUAAAAAGAACACAGAAAUCUUCUCUGGUAACUGAUCUCUUACGUGGUAGCAUAGAACUAUUUUGCUCAGGUUUCUGGAAAGAAAGACAUGCUGUUGUAGAAAAAAUUCAGUGUCUGUCACCUAGGAGGAAGAGAAAAAAUAACCACAACAUAAAACCUGAAAAAUAAUAGCAGAGUUGUUGCAAUCUUAUAUGAACAGGAAACUUGCCAAAUAUAUGUACAUAUAUAUUUAUAUAUUUUAAAAUAAACAUUUUUUAAAUCUUCAGAAGGCAACACUUACCUUGUUCCUUUCAGUCAAUCCAAAGUAGCAACUUACUAGUUGCUAGCAACUGAAUACCCAGAGUAGUAGAAAUUUUAUGACUUGAGGACUUAAACAACUUAAAGAAAAAGAUUUAUUCCCCAUUGGGAAAGAAUGAAUCAACAAGGGUUUUUACUCAUUGUGGUGCACACUUCAAAUUUUCUUACAAAUUAUUUUUUAUCUUGUUUGAUGUUAAAUAAUAGUUUAAAAGUAUGGUUUUCAAAGUAGUAGGGCAUGCUGAAAAAGCAUAUAGUAUAACAUUACAGCAGAAUGCUUUUUCAUAAUAUUUCAUGGAAUUUGUCCCCAAUCCCAGGAGGUUUUUGUGAGCUGCCUGCUGAAAGAAAGGAAAGCAAAUAUAAAGCAUUUAAGGUUUUGCUGAUCAUAUACAAAUUCCGGUUAGAAAUUUGUUUUACAUUUCAUCUCUAAGAUAGUAUGUGUCAAUUAUUAGACCACACAUUUUGUGAAGAAUUAAACUAAGAUUAGUGCUUACGGUUUUCUCAGAUUAAAUGUCUGCUAACCACAUUGAUAAGUUUGAAAUUUAGAAGGAAUAAUUUUGUGAUGAUUGUGAUCCUUAUGUUUAACAAAUAGUUUGGUAUUGCAUAUAUGCUUGUCCUGGUACAAGAAUGCCAAAAGAGAAAACUGUGAGGGGUGGGAGGGAACUGCACUCUGGUUUUUUUGUUUUUUUGUU